AUUAUUUUAUCGAUUUGUGUCAAAUUUUGAACCGGUUCAAACUGAAACCGAUAAAAUUUAUUAUUUUAUAGAGAUUAUUAAUUUAUCGAAUAUUAAUUUAUAGAGGUUCCAGUGUAUAAAUUAAACCUAGCACCAACGGUUUUAUGCUUUGCUUCUAAUUAAUCGUUACCUAUGUUUUGGUUUUUCUUCGGUUAAUAUUAGUAUAACUACAAAAAUAGAAAAUUCAAAAUUCGACAUGGUAAACUGGGUCGUUAAUUAAGUUUUUUUCGGGGGAAAAUAGAAUUUUCAAGCGUAUUUUUUAUUUAAAAGUGUGAUAGCUGUUGUUUUAGGAAAUAUUGCAUAGAAGUUUCUUAAAAUAUCCAAAAUUUGCUAUGCAUGUCUUUGAUUUAGUUUCAGUUUUGCAUGUAUCAUAUGGUUUUACCAGUUUAUUACUAUUUUAGUUCCGUCUUAAUUAAAUACGAAUAGAGACAUAGACAUUAGUAUUUCAAUAUUUUCUUAUGCAAGAAAACGCAAAAUUACCCUUUUCAAAACAAAAAAAAAACGCAAAAUUACAUGUAAACAUAAUAGCAAUACGCUAAACUUUUGCUUAGAAACGGCGCCACGUGAUAGCAUUAACUAUUGGCCCUGCGAUUAACCACCGACGCGCAAUUAUUCUAGAGAAGGUUAACCAAAAGCAAAAUAUACAUCAAUCAUAAGGUUGAACUAGUCUACGCUGGUUUGUUCACAACCGACGCACAAUUGAACGUGUCAAAGUGUCCUUUUUCUUUAAACCAAAAACAAAAUGUCCUUUUCAAACGAAGUUCAAUAGAAAAAACCUACAAACAAAUAGGAACCAAGUUUUGCCGUGAUGUUUGGGGUUUAUUUCUUAAAAAAAAAGUUAGCUUAAAUUUACGAGUUGGCUUUCAGUUAGAGUAGUUAUAUAAAUUUCUUGGUAUAGCUGCUGGUAAAACAAGGGUAGUUGUUUUUUUGACAAAAAAAACAAGGGUAGUUCCUCAACUAUUUUGUUUUUUUCUUUGUUUAAAUUCGUUAACUUUUAACUAGUUUGUCGAGGAACCUUCACUUAAAUCAUUUUAUAGUUUUGUAAUGACAAAAUAAUUGACGGAAGACAUAAUAGGAUUGUAUUUGGUUUAGUCUUAAAAAACACAUAAUAGAAUGUAUCAUUUUUCAUUUUUAAUACUAGGCCUAGCCUAGCUGUUCUGUUCGGAUUCGGUUUGAAUAAUUUAAUUUUUUGGAUUUCUGGUACUGUGGUCAUAAAUUCUAUUCGGGUUUACUAAUUUUCAAAUCGGUUUUAGUUUGGUUCCUUCUGGGUUCAGUUCAUAUCGAGUUAUUACCAAUGUUUGAAAUCACUUUAAAAAAAUUUAAAAACUAAAAAAUUGACCAAGAUAUGGAAAAUAUACAAAUUAUUCAAAAAUCUAAUUUAAAACUAGUUAAACUACCUAAAUUAACUAAAAUUACUCCAUAUAACAAAUAAAACAAACUACAAAAAUCUUUAAUAAACUCUUAAAUAUCUAAAUUACCUUAACAUAUAUAAUAAAAUUAAGAUAUUUAACUAAUUUUGGAUCCUAUUUUGGAUUUCGGUUCGGGUUGUGUUCAAACCUGAAAAUACCUACCUCGAUUUUUGUUUUUGGCAACGAACGGCUAUUCUAUUACUCAAGGUUGAGGUGGUUUGGAUAACCAGACCGGGAUAGAACAACCAACAAAAUAAAACUCUCUGCGAAAAAACCUCGCAGUCCUAGCUAAAGAAUCCGAAAUCUAAUUUUGCGCUCAUGGAAUAUGAUUGAUUUUGAAGUCUGGGAAACAUAUCUUCAGAGUCGCUAUCCUCUCCAAUUCUGUUGCAAAGCUUGGCCAAGCAUGAGACUCAUUUAUAAUGGCGAUCAAAUCUUUGUAGUCCGUUUCAAAACUCUGACAAGUCGAAUACUGAAGCAUACACAUCGCCAAUCGCAAUGCUUCUACGUCGAUUUUAAAUCCUCUUCGGAUACUAUUUAAUAAUUGUUUAGAUCGAAUUUUGGUUCGGAUUAAAGUUCAGACUUUGGUUUAGGAUAAAAACGCCCAAACUGUUUUACUACAUUAGCUUAUAAUAAUCUCGAUAAUUUCGCAACAUGUACAUUAUGUUAUAGGAUUCACAUUACUUUGUCUAUUUUCCUGCCUUUUUCAAUGCAUAUUUUUGCGUUGUCAUUCAUAAUAUCGUUACUUGCUAGUCAUCCCAACAAAAUAUUUGUUUUAUUUUAUUUGUACCUAUUGAGCAAAAGAACUCCUUAGACAUAUAGGCAAACUCAGCAUUUUCCAUGCAGUUUCUAAGACAUAUAGUGAUGAACUACACCACAAAGAAAAUCAAAUUAAACGAUGUGAUGAACAAAGCAGUUAUCAACCUUUAGGCAGGGACAACACCAGAAAAGGUUAACUGACCCCAGCGGUCCUCACAGUGACCUUUACGUUUAUGUACAACCUUGUUAGAUACGCUCAUUGACUUCAUAUUUUGGCCAGAUGCUUGACCUUGUUGUAUAUUUUACACUGAUAUCAUAAUCAAUAAUUAUAAUUCUACGAAGUUACCUUUUCGUAAAUGCUAGUGAAAUUUUCAUUUAUUUUAUAUAAAUGAUAAAAUAACUCACAACUAAAAUUGUAUGUGUAUGCGGGUACGUCAGCUGGGUUAAGGAUUUCAAUUUCCUCAUACAUUUCUUGAUAAAAAUGAGGUAGCUCACAAUUGUCAUGGUAUAGUAACUGGCUCACUUUCGUCAUCGAUCAAAAUUUUAAACAAUAAUGAAUGCGUAGUUGGUUCUCUAAACAAUAGUUUUUUAUAAUGACUUAUUCAAAGUCAAUAUAUACAGGUUUUGAAGACCUACCCAAUACUAAAUAAACUCCAUUAUAAAGAUUCAUUCACACAUGUAUAUAUAUAUGCAUAUUAGCAGAUUGUCUGUGUAUCCUCUAAUAUGUUAUGCAUCCUUUAUCUUCAAACAUUUGAUAAACCCAAAAAUGGAAACUAAAAUGGUUUCAAAAGCCAAAAGACUUCACUUUAUAUUGAUGCCUCUCAUGGCUCAAGGGCAUCUAAUCCCCAUGGUUGAUAUCUCCAAAAUUCUUGCGGAACAAGGCAACAUCAUCACCAUAGUUUCAACCCCUCAAAAUGCUUCAAGAUUUGCGAAGACAGUUGAGCGCGCAAAGUCAGAGUCAGGUUUCCAAAUCAACGUGGUGACAUUCCCAAUUGCCUACAAAGAAUUUGGUCUUCCAGAAAAUUGUGAGACUCUCGACACUUUGCCCUCCAAAGACCUCUUAAGGAAGUUCUACGACGCUGUGGACAAGAUUCAGGAGCCCUUGGAGAGGUUUCUCGAGGAACAAGAAACCCCUCCGAGUUGCAUAAUCUCCGACAAAUGCCUUUUUUGGACGUCCAAAACCGCGAAAAGGUUCAAGAUCCCAAGGGUUGUGUUCCACGGAAUGUGUUGUUUCUCUCUUUUAAGCUCCCACAACGUCCAUCUUCAUAGCCCGCACCUCUCGGUUUCUUCAGACUCAGAGCCUUUCUCUAUACCAGAAAUGCCACAUAAGGUCGAGAUAGCUGGAUCUCAGUUACCAGGUGCGUUCAGGAAAUUAGAAAAUAUGGAUGACGUUCGCGAGAAGAUGCGUGAAUCUGAAUCUGAAGCCUUUGGGGUUAUUGUUAAUAGCUUCCACAAACUGGAACCUGGCUACGCAGAGGCCUACGCUAAAGCCAUUAAGAAGAAGGUAUGGUUCAUUGGACCAGUUUCUUUAUGCAAUGAUCGUAUGGUGGAUUUAUUUGAUAGAGGAAACAACUGUAACAUUGCGAUUAGUGAGACUGAAUGCUUGAAGUUUCUAGAUUCGAUGAGACCAAAGUCUGUCUUGUAUGUUUGUCUAGGUAGCCUCUGUCGACUAAUACCUAAUCAACUGAUAGAACUGGGGUUAGCGUUAGAAGUAUCAGGCAAGCCCUUUAUUUGGGUGAUCAAGACCGAGGAAAAACACAUGAAUAUGCUAAAUGAAUGGCUAAAACGUGGAAGGUUUGAAGAGAGGAUUAGAGGUAGAGGGAUAGUGAUAAAGGGUUGGAGUCCUCAGGCUAUGAUACUCUCACAUGGCUCUACCGGAGGGUUCUUGACUCAUUGCGGUUGGAACUCGGUGAUCGAAGGGGUAUCUUUUGGUGUACCGAUGAUCACAUGGCCGAUGUUCGCUGAACAGUUUCUCAAUGAGAAACUCGUAGUGGAGGUGUUGAAGGUUGGGGUUAGGGUUGGUGCGGAGAUUCCUGUGAGAUGGGGAGACGAGGAAAGAGUAGGAGUGUCGGUCAAGAAACAUAGUGUUGUGAAAGCUAUAAAGCUUUUGAUGGACGAAGAUGGAAAUGAAGAUGGUGAGUUCUUGGGAAGAAGGAUACGCGUUCAAGAACUUGCAGUAAAGGCGAGAGAGGCUGUGGAAAUGAAAGGAUCUUCGAGUACUAACGUUUCAUUAUUUAUCCAAGAUGUCUUAGAGAAAUUGAGUCUCGAAUAGAGAAGUCUAAGGUAGACAAUGUUAAACUCGUUUUAAAUAAGGAAAAAAUGCAAUUUUAGUA